UAAUAGAGAAAUACUCUUAGUUAGAGAAGAUCUCAUUUAUGAAAGCAUACUUUUUCCACUUGACACCUUACGAUGUGCGUUCUGCCAAGUUGAAUACCAUGCCCUUGUUUGAUGUAUUUUUUGCAUGGUGUAUGCCGUGAGGGGAGCAGAUGUUUAUUUUCUCAUGAUUUAACUACAAGCAAGCCAUCCACCAUCUGCAAAUUCUACCAGAAAGGGCAGUGUGCCUAUGGAGACCGUUGCAGGUAUGAUCAUAUUAAACCCUCUGCUGGAAGGGGCAUAGGUGUCCUUGGAGCAGAGGGAGAAUACAGUAAUCGACCCCUUCCACCAGUUAUCCCACAAAGCAUUGCAACACCCAUCAUUGGAGGAAGCCACUUUGCAGCCACCGGCAUUGGUGGAAGCAACUUUGCCAUCCCAGUCAUCGGAGGAAACAGCAUUGGCAUCCCUAUCUUAGGAGGAAGCCACAUUUCAGCCCCAAUCAUUGGCAGCAACCCAGCAGAAACUGGGCGACUUGGAAAGAAACCACUGGUGCUGAGAGAUAGAGCACUGUGCACUUCAGAUGAAAGGACACCACAGUACAGAGUAGAUGACUAUAAGAUUCCUGAGCCUGGAUGCUGGGGUUACCAGGAUGAGGUGUUAAACAUCAAACCUCAUUCUUAUCUGGAAGCCAUUCGAAGCGGGCUGGAGGAUUCGGCUGCUGGCAGCUCUUUUGCAAACCCCCAGCAGCUGUGUCCCUAUGCAGCUGCUGGCCAGUGCCACUUUGGAAGCAGCUGUGCUUAUCUGCAUGGAGAGGUGUGCGAGAUCUGCACGCUGCAGGUGCUCCAUCCCUUUGACCCAGAGCAGAGGAAAGCACACGAGAAGAUGUGUAUGGUGGCAUUUGAGCUGGAUAUGGAGAAGGCGUUUGCUGUGCAGUUCAGCCAGAACAAGGUGUGCAGCAUCUGCAUGGAGGUGGUGUAUGAGAAACCAUCGCCCUCAGAGAGACGCUUUGGAAUCCUUUCGAACUGCAGUCACACCUACUGUCUGCCUUGCAUCAGGCAGUGGCGGUGCGCCAAGCAGUUUGAGAACAAGAUCAUCAAGUCGUGUCCCGAGUGCCGUGUGGUAUCGGAGUUUGUUAUCCCCAGUGUGUACUGGGUAGAGGACCAGGAAGAGAAGAACAGACUUAUUGAAGAAUUCAAAACAGGAGUGAGCAAAAAGGCAUGCAAGUACUUUGACCAGGGAAGAGGGACAUGCCCGUUUGGGGGAAAGUGCUUUUACAUGCAUGCUUAUCCGGAUGGGACGAGAGCCAAACCUGAGACACCCCGCAAGCAGAUGAGUUCAGAGGGGAGCGUUCGGUUCCUGAACUCGGUGCAGCUGUGGGAUUUCAUCCAGGAGAGGGAGCACAGGGGCGAGCGGCAGCAUGAAGACGAGGUCUCAGAGCUGGGGGAGCUCUUCAUGCAGCUCUCGGGGGCCGACCAGGAAGCAAGCGUUACCUCCACACAGUGACCACUGCGAGCUGGAUGAAAAUGAACAACCUCUCUGUGUUCCUGCUACCUCCAGCAAUUCGGUUCAAGAGUUACAUCUUCACUACCAAAUGUCAGACCUGUUAGUUAAUAGAAGUACACCUAGAUAUUUUGGCUAUGUUAAGAUCCUGAAGAGCAGCCUCAUAGUGGGGUAAUAAUAAUAGAAACAAUUGAAAAAAGCUCCUGCAACCCAAAUUUUGGUUUUGGAUCCAUUUUUUCUAGAAUAUUUUGCUAGAUGCAUAUGUAUAUAUACACACACACACACACACACACAAAUGUGGUAACUUUCGAGAAUGACGCCAUUUCUGCAAUAGUGUUUAAUAAACUUCCUUUAGUAAUUAAUUUCUGAGAAAGUUAUGUAAAUUCCUAGAACUUUUUUUCCUUUGUAGACAGCUCUAUGUAAGUCAAACAAAAAUGAGUUGCUAAUGUAUAUGUGGUGUAAUAGUGUAUACUUACUGGAUGCAGAAAACAUGUCCAAAAAAUGCAUGACUAGGGGGAUUUAAUAGUAUAAAAGGAUGGUCUAGGAUCACUGGAACCCCUUUUCUGUAUUUGUAUCACAGCUUUUUUUAAAUUAAUUUUCACUUCCCAUAUUCAGCAGAACUCUGAACCUGGCAUUUGCUGAAAUCCACCUCUGCCAUCUGGUUUCUGAGCACUAGAAGAUGUGAAUAAAUGGGAUUCUCUGGAAGUAGCAGUGUUUUUGUUUAACCUCCCCUCCCCAGGGUAUAGAUAUAUUUUAGAAUUGAGAUGUAAUGUGGGCCAUCUUUGUGUUUACUAAUCCUAUGAAAUUGAAUUACUUGUCCCCUGGGCAACAGGCUCGACUGCUGAUUAAAGUCAAGGGAGGUGGAACGUCAUUGUCCAGCAGCACUGAAAGCACAUUUAGAAACCGUAAGGUAAUGUGUGCUGUGUUCUUAACUGUUAAUGUUCAUUUAUGCUAACAGUACCUUUCACAGAAACAUAAAAAAAACUAGAAAUGGGAGCUUUUGUUAAUGUGUAAUCCCUGCGGGCACAGUGUGAGGGGAAUGGCACAGAAAAUCAAACUGUUUGUAAACAUGAAAUCAAAUGGAUCUGUGGUAAACAUCUGGAUCAUUGAAAUUUAGAGAGGUGCAGAAAUGUAGCAGUGAAAUGGCUGAUGUUUACUAAACACCAACUGUAAUGUAACUUGUUGUCUUUACAUUUGGUAGACUGCCCUGUACUAUCUCAUAGGGUAUCAUUGAUAUGAUUGAAACGGUGGUGGGGGCAGACUGACCAAAAACUGAGAGAAACUGUAUAGAACUGAAUUCAAAACCAUUUCAGCUUGAUCCCACGGACUUGACAGAAACAAAGCGUUAAAAACGGGGUUCACAUCCACCCUGCAGUGCAACCAAGUGGCAGGACCCUGCUGUUGUGAAACCUCAGUUCCAUUAUCCAAAUAAACCAAAUUAUUUUAAUUCA